UCACAUGAUGGAUGAGUUUGAGAUAGAUGAGCUAUUAGGUAUAGUACCACCUCCACCCCCUCCACUUCCACCUCCACCUCCACCUCCACCAGAGCAGUUGUGAUAGACAAUUAGGACAAAUAUUGAUGCUCUGAUUAGAGAUAUUCACACUAUUAGGCGUGAGUCUCAUCCACCCCCUCAGUUGUUACGCCUUGUAGAUAGUAUGCAAGGCAUUGUACAGUUUGUGCAGGCAUUAGAUAGCGAGUUAGAUAGCUAUCGUAGCUGGCGUGAGGGAUUGCGUGCAUUUUACGCAGAUGGCCUCACAUACAAACAAGUUAAUGAUUUAAAAAUAACAUUAGAUUUGAAAAAAUAUUUUGUGAACCCUAAAACGGGUGAAGAGAUAGAUCCGAAGAAGCCACGAAUCUCUAUUUGAUGGUGUAGGCACCCGGGCAUUGCUAGCCACUUUUGGGAGAGGUGGUGGAUGGACUCCAAUCAUGAGGUCCCAAUGUAUUUUUUGAAGAAAUUAUGGGUGGAAUUUUAAUUGGGCAAAAAGCCCAAUUACUUUGAUAUUAAAUCUUUUCAGAGGGUUGGGAGAGGCAUGCCCCAGGAUAGGCCAGGAGCAAAAUUGAGCGAUAGGGUUAGAAACCGUGUGCGCGAUGAUCCAUUGGUUCCUCUUCCAUCACCAGUUGUUCCAACACCUUCCCAUCAUCGAGCAGUGGAUUCUGCUUUAGGUUCAUUGAGUGUCUCGUCGGGCAAUUUGGUACAGCAGUUGCAGGAGGUGAAGGCUGCCCCCUGCUUAGCACAUGUUUGCACGAGUUAUGGGGAUGUAUGUAGGGGUCCACAGAGUGAGGUUGCCCUUGGAGGAGAUGAUGAUUUUGAUGAUGCUAAUGUUGCCCAUGGUGGUUACAAUGAUGCCGAGGAGGCUACACAUGCUAAUGUCGUCUCUUCAUAUGUUGAUCUCCUGUGGGCAGACGAUGAUCAGCCUAGAGAGAGGAUGGAUCACACCACAUCAUUGAGGAACCAACAGCAUGUUACCUCAAUACCUAGAGAUGUUGGUGCCCCAUUUACGGGUGCUCCAUGUAGCACUGAGGUGGGUACUUCUUCACGUGACCCAUGGACCACUGAGGCUCAGCCUCAUAUACCACUAGCUUCUGGAUCGUUUGAUGGUGCAUCACAUGUACGCCUUCGACCAUUAGUUACUUUCCCUGCAUCACAUGUAUGCUUUUCUGUGAUAAUCUUGUAGUAUAUAUAUGUUGUUCAGGUCCACACCACUACCAAUAUUGGUACGGCUAUGGGGUUGAGCCAAAUGCAACCAUCGACAUUAUCAUUUGAGGCACGAUGAUUACAAAGAUAAUUUCUAAUUUGUUUAUACUGUGUACCUGGCUUUUAUAUGGAUUAUCA